AUGUUGACUCCCCUAAACUCCCCUAAACCAGUCACAAAACAAGAUGCAUUCUCCAGUCUUACAGAGUAUAUCAAAAGUCAACAAUACCAAAAAGCAAUACAGCUUGUCAGAUCUUUCAGGACAAUGUGGCCUGGUGACAUGUUUGGACAAUCACAGGAUGAUGACCUUGUAACCCUGCUCAACGUAUUUUGUAUUGAAAUGGCUGAAAAGAAAACAGGUGUAUUUGUACUAACAAAAGUGGAGUUUGAUAUUGGUUUGUUAUAUAGCCAGUUAUUGGACAUUAAUCAACAAAUAAGAAACUGGACUAAACCCUCUCCUCAACAGUCGUGCACAGGAAACAACGAUUUAUUGGACUCCAGUACUUUAUGAUAGUAUAAAUAUUCUGAGCCUGACAAGAAAACUACAAUUUAUUGGACUUGAAUAAAUAAAAAUAAAAUAAAAAUGGUAAUAUGUAUUCUGAUCAGAACAGAAAACUAUAAUUUAUUGGACUCAAGUAAAUAAUGAUGGUAAAAUGUAUUCUGAUCUGGACAGGAAACUAUAAUUUAUUGGACUUGAGUAAAUAAUGAUGGUAUCACAGUUUUUAGUAUAUCACAUAUUCUGAUUAUGGCAUUGAUAUUUCUCGCUUUGUGAGAAUUAAUAAAGAAAUUGAGCAUGGCUUACAACAAUUUUGAGUGUUGAAAAUUGAGUACCGCUUAAGCCGGUGCUAAAGGGAGUGAGGAAUGUUCCACUUCUUCAUUAUCAUUUAUGUACAAACCCAAUAAAAACCGUGUCUGCAAUUUUCAUGUAAUUUUGUUGUUAUUGAUGAGAUUUUACAGACAAUGAUUGAUUUAUCUCAUUGUUAAGUGAUUGUCGAAUGUUUGUUAAACUCAGUUGAGAUGUAUAUAUUUUGAGCAUACUAGUAAACAAGUAAUGUGAGGUGGAAUAGAAUAAGUUAUGCACCCUUAUAUUGCUAAAUUUGGGACAAUGUUUUAGUGAUAUAUCACAUGAUAAUGUGUGACAUAAAAUAUUUUGUUCACGCCAAGCACAGUUAUAGUUACAGUGCUUUAUUAUUUCUAACACAUUUUGCCAGUUACAUUUAAUAUGUCACCUGUGCUAGGCUUUUUCUAUAGCGAACAAUCAGGGUACCAUCACAUUUCAUAUUUGAUCAAAAUUAAAUUGUUUUAUGUCCACUUAUGACAUGAUAAAAUGAUAUGUUUUUAUACAAUUUUCUACAGAGAACAAAAUCAUGUCAUGUAACUUUAUUUGUAAGAAGUGCCAAAUUUGUUGUUUGUUCUUCAAAACAUAUUAAUGUUAAUUAGAAAGGUUGUAGACUUUGUUAGAGAAAUAUUUGUUGUGAUAUAUUUGUCACUAUAAUAAAUUCCUUCAUUUUGUUGUACAUGAUCAUUGUCAACAUGAUAGAUACAAACAUAAUAUUCCAGUUAGCCUCUUUAUAUCACUGACUUCUAAAUCAAUAAAAUGUAAUGCAAAUUGUCUAAAUAAAUUAAAAACAAAGACAGAGGAAUAAUUUACCCCUUUUACAGAUUUUUAUGCUCUAAAACCGUAAUUUGAUAUGUGGCAGAUGUAAAAAGAAAUCCUUGUACUUCAUCACAAUGUUAUUUUUACAUGAUCAAAAAAAAAUUAAUCCUUCUUAAAGUGGCAUGAUACAUGUUGCGUCACUCAAAUGUACGAUCUUCAUUUUAUUUCUAAGUAUAUUUCUCAAUAUCAUAUAUCUGUUUUA